AUGCGGUUGGGAGCUUCGAUAGUCGCGAACGGGCCCAGUUGUGAUUUCCCACGGAAUAGAUGCUUGGCUCAUGUGAGCUCAAAAGAGCGCCUCCUCCCCUUCCCAAAUCGUUUAGAUGCCCCACGGCGCGGUGUCAUCGCGAUCGAAGAGCGGGCUAAAAGGGAGGGUGGUGAUGUUGAUCCCGGAGCUGCAAGCAUCCCAAGCAGCCAGGGAUUAGCGGAAGGUGGGAUGAGAGACACCCCUCUCCUCGCCACGCACAGUACGACACGCUGCUGCGCUCUUCUUUUGUCGAGCUUGCACGUCUCCAGUCGCCAACGUCUCUUCACGAAAUUCGGAUCGAAUAAAUGCAUAUGGGCCUGUUCAAUGGAUCACGAGGACCGCAUCAUCCCCAACCAGAGCUCCUCGCCUACUGAGGAGCUAGCGAUAAGCGAAUCUCUCGUCCCCGCUAGAGAAAUCAAGCUUGCAACUACGCUUCAGUUUACAUUCGAUGGCCUUCUGAAUCCUCCUUUACAGCUAAGAGAGGAUCCCAAAGAGGGAUGUGGCGGCCACAUCUGGCCGGCCGGCAUGGUACUAUCAAAGUAUAUGCUGCGCAAACACAGCGAGGAUCUUCUCGGGAAGAGAAUUGUUGAACUUGGGGCUGGAAGCGGCCUCGUUGCCCUUGCUGUCGCGCGAGGCUGCAAAAUCGACUCUCCUAUCUACGUCACUGAUCAAAAGCCGAUGCUGCCGUUAAUCGAAGAGAACAUCAUUUUGAAUGACCUCUCGGGUUCUGUAGUUGCUGCCUUGCUGGACUGGGGCGAUUCAGACGCACUCACGACUUUACCAUCGCACCCCGAAGUUAUACUCGCAGCGGACUGUGUGUACUUCGAACCGGCGUUCCCUUUACUAGUUUCCACGCUCGAUGGAUUAAUGGGGGAAAACUCGGUGUGCUACUUUUGCUUUAAAAAGCGUCGUAAGGCGGAUUUACGAUUUAUAAAAAUGGCGAGGAAGGUAUUUGAAAUCACCGAGGUCACUGACGGUAUUAACCAUGUGGCCUGUAAACACCAGAGUAUAUUUUUGUAUAUAUUGAAAAGAAAGCCGCAACCGGCUAGGAAGAAUAAUAUAUCAUCUGACAGCACGUAAUACUAUUCAUCUCGUGUGAGUUAACAUA